AUGUGUUUUUGUAUUUCAUACCUGUCGCGAGUGGAUAACACGCGAACAAAAGAAUCAAACAAACGCGUCGAAUCGAGAACCGCUUUUCACUUGAGGCUCGCCUCGGUCAUAUUUACAAAUACCGCCGAAGCUGUUAACCUUAACAGCAUCGCGCCACAGGAGCCCGUCGAAGGGAAGGGCCGAGUGCGAAACGCCAACGUAUCUGUGCAAAAACGACGGCUCAAGGCGGAGGCGAGCCGGCAGGCAGUAGUCGCUGUGCUCGCUAGCUAA